AUGUCGUCCGUCACCUCGUCCGGCUCCACCAUCAACCCCAACCCGUUCGCCGACGCCAACCCUCCCGACGUCACCGACAUCCGCAACCUCAACAUCUACGAGUGGGUUUUGGUUCGUCUCUCCCAGACAGACUCCUCCUACUACGCGUGGAAGACUUACUUCUCCCUCGUGUUUCGGGAGUACCACCUCGUCGACCAUGUGGACGGCUCCGUCGACUCCAGCCUCGUCCCCGACUUCCAUGACUGGUCCACCAUCGACGCCACGCUCAUCCGGUGGUUCUUCCUCACCAUCUCGCCGGACCUGUUUCAGACGGUCGUGCAGGACGGUGAUGACGCCCACGCCAUGUGGACCAAGCUGAACGGGCUCUUCACCGACAAUCGCCUUCAACGUCGCGAUAACUCCUCCGUCGACGACUAUUGUCGCCACCUCAAGACUCUCGCAGACGAGCUCCGCGAUAUUGGCGCGAAGAUUGACGAUGAUCUCCUCCUCAGCACGCUCACCGACGGCCUCAACGAGGACUUCGGGAAUGCCACAGCGAACCUCACCCUUAUCCCCGAGCCCUCCUUCGCCAAGUUCGUUGCUUACCUCCGGCAGGAGGAGCGGCAGAUGAAGCAGGUGAAGGCGUGGGCCAUCCACACCGCCCUCGCCGCUGGCACCACCCGCGGUGGGCCACCGCCACCACCCGCCACCCCGGUCGCACCCCAACAGCAGCGCCACCCGGCGCCUUACCCGCAGCCGCAGCAACAGCCGCCGUCGUCGCUGCCCUUGCUGCUGCCCCCGUACGGGCCCCCCGCUCCUCCCGCGCCACCCGCCGAUCAGCGCCGCGGAGGCAGGCGCGGCGGCCAGCAGCAGCCGCAGACCGCGGGCCCUCCUCGCCAGCAGCAGCAGCUCUAG